AUGGCACUACUGCUGAGUUACUGGAUUUGUCUGCUUGCUCUGUCACUGACAGCAACUAGGAGCCAUGCUUUGAGAAGGAUCGCACUCAAGAAGAUGCCAUCCAUUAGAGAGACACUGCAGGAGAUGGGUGUUUCUGCAGAGCAGGUGUUGAGUGAGCUGGCCCAGAGCAGCACGGACGACCCCAACAACGGGACGGUUCCUACGCCGCUAACCAACUACCUGGAUACUCAGUAUUUUGGGGAAAUCAGUAUCGGAUCUCCGGCCCAGAUGUUCAACGUGGUGUUUGACACAGGCUCAGCCAACCUUUGGGUGCCCUCGCAAAGCUGCUCACCUUUCUCUACUGCCUGUUUUACUCACAAUAGGUAUGACGCCUCUAAAUCCCGGACUUACAUUGAGAAUGGAACCGGAUUUUCCAUUCAGUAUGCAUCUGGAAAUGUUAGGGGAUUCCUGAGCGAGGACGUAGUGGUGGUUGGUGGUAUUCCAGUGGUUCAAGUGUUUGCCGAGGCCACAUCUCUCUCCGCCAUGCCCUUCAUCUUCGCAAAGUUUGAUGGCGUCCUGGGGAUGGGUUACCCCAACGUGGCUGUCGACGGCAUCACUCCAGUAUUUGACCGCAUCAUGUCUCAGCAUGUCCUGAAGGAAGAGGUGUUCUCUGUCUACUACAGCAGGGACCCAAAACACUCCCCAGGUGGAGAGCUGGUCCUCGGUGGGACAGACCCAAACUACUACACUGGAAACUUCAAUUAUGUGGACACCAGAGAGAUGGGAAAGUGGGAAGUUACCAUGAAAGGUGUCUCUGUGGGGACGACGAUGAUGUUUUGUGCAGAGGGCUGUACGACUGUGAUCGACACAGGCUCCUCCUACAUCACUGGGCCGGCCUCUUCUGUAUCGCUGCUGAUGAAAACCAUCGGAGCACAGCUGGAUGAAAGUGGAUACAAAGUCAACUGUGACACUGUGAAGACGUUGCCCAGUGUCACGUUUCACCUGGGUGGCCACGAGUACUCACUCACACAGGAGGAUUAUAUCUUAUGGCAAUCACAGAUGGAAGGGGAUGUCUGCACCGUCACCUUCAGAGGCUUGGAUGUGCCGCCCCCUACAGGUCCCAUCUGGAUUCUAGGGGCCAACUUCAUUGCCCGCUACUACACAGAGUUUGACCGUCACAGUAAUCGGAUAGGAUUUGCUACAGCAGUCUGACAGAAAGUUGAACAUCAGCCAUGUUGCUCUGUUCUCCUUCACUAUUUUUUGCUGCUAUUGCCCAAUGUUUUGCUACUUCUUUUUCCAAUUCUCCCCUCUGCUGCUUUUUGCGAUAACUCAUGAUCAAGUAAUUUCUAUAAAGAAAUGGUGACAAGGAAUGCAUAUUAAGAAAUGUUGUCCACACAUUUCUGGCAUUUCUGCUUUUUUCCUAAUAUAUAAUAUUUCAUAUUAGUUGCACUGAAUAUGUUCUGUUUUUAUUUAUAAGCGUUUGCCAGGAAAUGUACUGUUUCUGUGCUUGUGGCUUCACUUGUUAUUAUAACACUGCAACAGUGAGAUGCAACUCUGCCCUGUUCUGACUAACAAGAAUAAAAUUGUUUACUGAAGCUGU